AUGGGGUACGAGGACUUUGUGUGGUUCAUCUUGAGCGAGGAGGACAAGACGACAGACACGGCCAUCGAGUACUGGUUCCGCUGCGCCGACCUGGAUUGCGACGGCGCGAUCCGGCCCAACGAGAUGUGGCACUUUUACGAGGAGCAGAUGAAGCGGCUGGAGGCCAUGAACCAGGAGCCGGUCCUGUUUGAGGACGUGCUCUGCCAGCUUCACGACAUGCUGCAGCCGGCCAAGGAGGGCGCUUACACGCUCGAGGACGUCCGCCGCGCGCGCCCCCAGUCUGCGCUGCUCUUCAACACGCUCUUCAACCUCCACAAAUUCCUCGCCUUUGAAAACCGGGACCCCUUCGCGCUGCGCGCGGAGAGCAUGGGCGAGGACGGGCAGGUCGUCAGCGACUGGGACAGGUUUGCGCGCACAGAGUACCUGCGGCUGGCGGUGGAGGACGAGCCGGAUGAGAUGCAGGUCGACAGCGGCGACGACGCGUGGCCGGGCGUCGGCGCCGCCGGCGACGCGGCAGCGAUGGACACGGCUGCGGGCGGGCCGUGA